AUGGUCCUCCAUCAACCAUUUAGCAUUCAGGAUGUGGAUGAGUGUAGCAGUGGGAGCCACGGCUGCCACAGCUCAGCCUCCUGUUCCAACAGCCCAGGCUCGUUUCAGUGUGUGUGUGGGGCCGGGUACACUGGGGACGGAAGGACUUGUACAGAUGUGGACGAGUGUCGCAGCGGGAGCCACGACUGCCACAGCUCGUCCUCCUGUUCCAACAGCCCCGGCUCGUUCCAGUGUGUGUGUGGGGCUGGGUACACUGGGGACGGAAGGACUUGUACAGAUGUGGACGAGUGUCGCAGUGGGAGCCACGACUGUCACAGCUCGGCCUCCUGUUCCAACAGCCCCGGCUCGUUCCAGUGUGUGUGUGGGGCUGGGUACACUGGGGAUGGAAGGACUUGUACAGAUGUGGACGAGUGUCGCAGUGGGAGCCACGACUGCCACAGCUCGGCCUCCUGUUCCAACAGCCCCGGCGCGUUCCAGUAUGUGGACGAGUGUCGCAGUGGGAGCCACGACUGCAACAGCUCGGCCUCCUGUUCCAACAGCCCCGGCUCGUUCCAGUGUGUGUGUGGGGCUGGGUACACUGGAGACGGAAGGACUUGUACAGAAUACGACUGGAAUAUUGAACACUGGUAUGGUUUCCCAACGCUGGGUUGGACAUACUUGCUGUGGACUUUUUCCAAUGGUAAAGUUGAGCGUAACACUCCCUGCUUUCCAGAUGUGGAUGAAUGUGCGCAGGGCAGUGGCGGCUGCUCCCAGCGCUGUGUGAACACAGUGGGCAGUUACCGCUGUGACUGCCACCCAGGCUAUACCUUGAGACCCGACAACCGAACAGAGUGUGCAGAUAUCAACGCGUGCGGGAAUCAUGCACUGAAUCAGUGCGACAACAACGCUCAGUGUCUGAACACGAACGGUUCCUACCGGUGUGAGUGCAACUCCUAUUACAGAGGCAAUGGGACACACUGUGAAGGUUGUUUUUGCCCACCGGAAAUUAUACCAGGAACUGUGCAUCUGCAGGCUCUUUCAAGAAGUCCCUGCCCCUGUGUCUCUGGGUUUAUCGUGUCCAAUAACUUCCCAAGCUACUACCAGAACAGCGCAGACAUGUACUGGUUCUUCAACUUGACCCUGAUGUCUAACUCCACUCACCAGUACACAGGAAUCCAAUUCCGGGUGGACUUGCUGUCUGUGACUUCCCAGGAAGACCACAUCUCGUUUGGCUGUGGAACGGACCCCGAUCAACACAUGCAGCGCAUGUUGACUGAGAAAGACCAAAACAACAUCACCUUCCCUGUCUCCAAUUGCACUGACGUCUGGGUCCAUUUCCAUUCUGGGCCACAGACACCAAGCACAAAGUUCAGCAUUUAUUUCGAAAUGGAUGUGGAGGUGUGUCAAAGUGGGAGCCACGACUGCCACAUCCCGGCCCCCUGUUCCAACAGCCCCGGCUCGUUCCAGUGUGUGUGUGGGGCUGGGUACACUGGGGAUGGAAGGACUUGUACAGAUGUGGACGAGUGUCGCAGUGGGAGCCACGACUGCCACAGCUCGGCCUCCUGUUCCAACAGCCCCGGCUCGUUCCAGUGUGUGUGUGGGGCUGGGUACACUGGGGACGGAAGGAGUUGUACAGAUGUGGACGAGUGUCGCAGUGGGAGCCACGACUGCCACAGCUCGGCCUCCUGUUCCAACAGCCCCGGCUCAUUCCAGUGUGUGUGUGGGGCUGGGUACACUGGGGACGGAAGGACUUGUACAGAUGUGGACGAGUGUCGCAGUGGGAGCCACGACUGCCACAGCUCAGCCUCCUGUUCCAACAGCCCCGGCUCGUUCCAGUGUGUGUGUGGGGCUGGGUACACUGGGGAUGGAAGGACUUGCACAGAUGUGGACGAGUGUCGCAGUGGGGGCCACGACUGCCACAGCUCGGCCUCCUGUUCCAACAGCCCCGGCUCGUUCCAGUGUGUGUGUGGGGCUGGGUACACUGGGGACGGAAGGACUUGUACAGAUGUGGACGAGUGUCGCAGUGGGAGCCACGACUGCCACAGCUCGGCCUCCUGUUCCAACAGCCCCGGCUCGUUCCAGUGUGUGUGUGGGGUUGGGUACACUGGGGAUGGAAGGACUUGUACAGAUGUGGACGAGUGUCGCAGUGGGGGCCACGACUGCCACAGCUCGGCCUUAUGUUCCAACAGCCCCGGCUCGUUCCAGUGUGUGUGUGGGGCUGGGUACACUGGGGACGGAAGGACUUGUACAGAUGUGGACGAGUGUCGCAGUGGGAGCCACGACUGCCUCAGCCCGGCCUCCUGUUCCAACAGCCCCGGCUCGUUCCAGUGUGUGUGUGGGGCUGGGUACACUGGGGACGGAAGCACGUGUACAGAUGUGGAUGAAUGUGCGCAGGACAAUGGUGGAUGUUCCCAGCGCUGUGUGAACACAGUGGGCAGUUACCGGUGUGACUGUCUCCCAGGCUAUACCUUGGGUCCCGACAGCAGAACAGCAUGUACAGAUAUCAACGAGUGCGGGAAUCAUGCACUGAAUCAGUGCGACAACAACGCUCAGUGUCGGAACUCGAACGGUUCCUACCGGUGUGAGUGCAACUCCUAUUACAGAGGCAAUGGGACACACUGUGAAGGUUGUUUUUGCCCACCGGAAAUUAUACCAGGAACUGUGAAUCUGCAGGCUCUUUCAAGAAGUCCCUGCCCCUGUGUCUCUGGGUUUAUCGUGUCCAAUAACUUCCCAAGCUACUACCAGAACAGCGCAGACAUGUACUGGUUCUUCAACUUGACCCUGAUGUCUAACUCCACUCACCAGUACACAGGAAUCCGAUUCCGGGUGGACUUGCUGUCUGUGACUUCCCAGGAAGACCACAUCUCGUUUGGCUGUGGAACGGACCCCGAUCAACACAUGCAGCGCAUGUUGACUGAGAAAGACCGAAACAACAUCACCUUCCCUGUCUCCAAUUGCACUGACGUCUGGGUCCAUUUCCAUUCUGGGCCACAGACACCAAGCACAAAGUUCAGCAUUUAUUUCGAAAUGGAGCGGUUCCUUUGCCAGAGGUUGAAUUGUGAUGUAAAUGCAACAUGUGGCUCGAACAGGUCAGGAUAUUCUGCGUGUAUCUGCAUGCCAGGCUGGAGAGAGUCGGACACUGGAUGCCUCGACAUUCGGAACAUGGUGCAGUCUGUAACCACCACCGCCACAGGACCCAACAUCAGGCUAGCAUGGGUGGUCAAGUCAGUGCCAGAAAUUGUGAUUCUCAACUAUCAAAUUAACACCAACUGCACAAACCACACUGGCGGGGUCAACCGGAUGCAGAGUGACCAGCCUGCGAACGCCACCUCUUUAGUAUUAACAGGUCUGACCUCCAUGUCACUGUGUACCACUGUGGUCCAGGUCAACACUUCCUCAGAGGGCCUGGUGACCUCUCGAUCUUUCACCUUUUGGACCCACUCUGGAAUGAUGCGGGUGCCUUUGAGUCUGAUCUCCAUCUCCGCCACCAGUGCUGUGAUCUCAUGGGGUCUCCUUAGUAGUGCAAGUGACUGGAUGUCCUGCCGACUUCACUAUUACAGCAGCGGAGAGCCCAACGUGAUUCAUACUAUCAGCCGCAUCUCAGUGAGUGGAGAGACUCUGAUCACAGGGUUGAAACCAAAUACCACAUACACGACGAUUGUGGAGUGUGACUUUCCCUUUAAUCGGACAUUCAACUCCCUGCCUCUUGAAAUCACCACUCCCCCAUUUUUGCGCUUCCUACGCAACUUGCAGGCUUCUGGCGUAACCGCGAGCAUUGCUGAGAUUAGCUGGGACCCAGCCAAGCCGGAAGCUGCCAGGAUUGUGUCCUACAGUGUGAACUAUGGUCCCUAUGGGAGUGACAGUCCUAUGAAGCGGGUCAUUGUUUUCCCUCCGAUAACCAGUGUCCUGCUCGCAGGUCUGAAUGAGUCGACUCUGUACGUUGUAUCAGUUUCUGCUAAAUCCUUCCUUGGCGAAGAAGACAGUGGUUUGCUAUUGAAGUUUAUGACCCAAAGCUCCCCUGUCCAACCAGGCGAUACCCCCUCAGUCCCUCAGAAAGUGCAAGUGGGGGAGUUUGAAUCUUGCUGUGUGCUGGUCAGCUGGAAGCCACCUACUGAACCCAAGGAAGAAAUAAUACAGUAUAAUGUGGAUGUCCAGACUAAUGAUUCGCUGCCUGUGCAAUACACAACCGAUUCGACCUUUAUUUACCUGCAAGAUCUGGAUCCCCAGCAGAAAUAUGACAUCCGCGUGUCUGCGGUGAACAGUCAGGGUGAAGGAGAAACCAGUGAGAAGCUCUCUGUCAGACUGAGGGAACUACCCCAACAUGAAACAGCGCUGAAAAUAAAGCCAAGAUUACUCGUCAGCGAGGAUCUCUCGCUCAGGGCAUCGAGCAUCUUCUUGCAACUUCCAGAGUGUGGAGUAUUUGAUGCAGCUGCAAAACAGCUGAAUGCCACAUCUGGUCACCUCUCCAUCUACAUCGUCGUUGCAAACGACAAAGCUGCCUCUGAGAAUUUCAUCCUCCUGCCUCUGAGCGUAUUUGGCGAGCUCUACAAUCACACCGGCACCGAGAAGCAACAUCUGUAUCUUGCACAGCAACAUUUCUCCAUCUACCACUGCCAGGGAAGGAAGUAUGAACGAGCCUCCCAGCCCAUGUGGUACUAUGCCAUUGGCUCCAACACCGCAUGCCCCCCGAAUAAAGUGAUUUGUGAUCGUCCUCUGCAGCCCAACACACCCUACAGAAUCAAGUACGUUCUAGCUGACCAACAUAAAGGAGAGAUCUUGAGCAGUGACUGGUCGGAAACGUUCAGGACCAAACCAGGCACUCCAUACCAAGAACUGCAAGACAACUGGCAUCGUUCUGCAGGGAUGAUCGUCAUCACAGUUGUGUUACUGUGUCUCCUCUGCCUCCUGUUCCUCGGUCUUCUCCUUAUGUGCUGCUACAGGAGGAAGAGGACUGGAAUAAUGUGGAAUCACUGGAUGGGAUACGACACCCAUUUUAAGAAAGAUAUGCGCAGAGCCAACCUGUUCGCAGCAGCCGGUGGAAGGCAGGAAAGCCAGAAAGGCAACAACGCCUUGUUCUUUCUCCAUCCCCAGGACCAAUGUUCCAACGAGGACAAUAUUUCUCAUUCCUGGAAAAGUCCGCAAUAUAUCAGCGGUUACGAAGAGAAGGGACUGCCAAUAACUCAAGGAAUACACUCCAAUCAUCUGUCGUUCAAUUGUGCCACGGUGCCCUCAGAGAAAGACCUGACAAUUCAGAAGAGUGUUUACACAGAAGGGGGGUUGCCACCCACACAAGGGAAGGCCUCUGAUCACCUGUCAUACAGCACCCUCUCUGACUCUGCAGCCUCUGAACACCUGGAAUUCCAGAAGAGCCCCAGUGGUUUAGGUCAGAAUCAGCUGGGUCACACUGGAAUGGCAGGGCCUGGAUGGAUAUGGAAUGGAAAGGUUCUGACUGGAUCAUCUCGGCCUGGAUCGGCUUGGAAUGCAUCAGUAUGGAAUGGUUUGGGUCGGACUGAAUCAGUUCAGGAUGGAUCGAGUCAGGUUGGAUCUGUAUUGAAGAGACCGACUCAGACCCUGCAGGUAUGGAAAGGAUCAACUAAGACUGAGUCAACCCAGACUGAAACGAUCAAGACGGGAUCAGCAGAGACUCGAUCGGUCCACACUACAGCAACACUGCAUGGAAUACCUCCGACUGGUUUAGAAGCUCCCAUCGGCAACAGAAGGAUGGUGCAGAGUCGGUCAGUUCAGACCGAGCUGGAAGAGGAUGGAUCAGUAGGAACGAUUUCAGCACUAUCUACCAACAGGUACAGUGACGCAGCUAGCUUGGUUGAAUCAGUAAGGAGCCGAUCAUCAGGAAGGUACACUCAGUCUAACAACAGAAUUAUUCAACCUGUUUCAUCCACUUCACCAAUGUCAGGUGAUAUCAGUAAUUAUUGAGCGUUGUUCCAAGUUUCCAUUCAAGGUGAAAUCUGUGUGACAUCUACUGAUCCUGGGCAGUUGAAAACAGGACGGAACAGCAUUACUUCAGCAAUUUUGUCUUCAAAUAAGUGCUACACAGCGACUAAAUGGGGAAACCAGGACCUGAUGUACUCAUGGUCAUUGCAGUAGCAAGAAAUGACAUCCAAAGUGAACUUGCUCAAAGGGUAGAGAUGUUGACUGCCCUGUCAAGGGAUGAUUAGAGUUUGUAUUUUGCUGUAUAUAUUGGAACAUUUCUGACAAUGGUGUGCAGCCUUUUAAUUCCAUUAAAAAUUGUUUUGCCAACCUACUAA